GACGGACGGCAAGAAGCUGCCGCAGUUCCAGAAGGUCAAGGCCGUUGGCGAGGAGCUCAUUGCAACAUGGGCAGACGAGUACUCGUUCACGGUGCCUGGCGUGACGGCGCCGAUUGGCGGCCGCAAGUCUGUCGGCAAUGGCAUCCUCGGGCGCUGGACGCACCGCGGCAAGGACGGCGGCGAGGUGAAGCUCGUGUACGUGAAGCACAUCAACAGGGGCGAGUGGUACCAGAUCACCCACGGUUCCAAGCAGAUCCUCGAGCUGAAGGCCUACGCGCCAGAGUUUGAUGCGAGGGCGAAGGAGGAGGCGCUGAAGUGGGCGGCCGCCUACGCGAGCUUGGAGAAAGACGUCGCCGACAUCAAGUUGCUGAAGAUUGAAUUCCUGAAAGUGUACGGGUCCGAGAACUGCCAGGUUCGGAGACAUGCCGUGACUGCUGCAAAGGACCUUGGUGACACCGAGCCGCCAGCGCAGACGCCCGUGACGACGGGCAAAGCCAAAGGCAAAGCGAAGGGCAAAGCCAAGGCCAAGUCCGUGCUCAAGAGGCCAGCAGCUGCGAAGCGUCCCCCGAUGAAGCGCAGGAAGAAGAAAUCGUCUGACGACGAGUCGGAUGACGAGGACGAGGAUGCCGAGGAUGACGAGCUCGACUCAGAGGGCGAGCUCGACUCCGAUGACGAGGAGGACGAUGACGAAGGUGAGCCUGAAGACGCAGCUGGCCAAGACGAGGACCCUGCCGAGCCCACGGAUGUCGCCGACAAGAAGCCAGCGGUGGCCACAUCCGCAAAGGCUGCCGCGAGCAAGAGGCCAGCAGCUGCGACACUCGACAAGCCAUCGUCCAAGCAGCGGAAGGCGGAGCAACAUUCGCAGGAUGAGGAGGAUCCGCCUGUGGACGAGGCCAAGAAGAUGCCCGAGGCCAAGACGACGUCCGAGGGCAAUGACCUGCACCGCGUGCCGAAGUCCAAGGGCGCCAGCGAGCACUCCACGGACUCCCAGAAGGCCGACAAGCGCGGCGUCGCCAUUGUCGAGCAGGCCAUCAUGGAGACCAAGGACGUGCCGCACGACCACAAGAAGGGCCAGUGCCAGUUCUUCGACGAGACUGAGCUGCUCCCCAACGGCCGCAACUCGGCCGACCCCAACGAAGUGCUGGUGAUGGAGCGGCUGACUGAGAUUUUCGACUCGAGUGAGUUCAGAGACAUGCUCGGCCAGAAGGGCCACAGUGACCUCGAGACGGAAAUGCAAUCAUUAGCGGGAGAUAUAGACAAAGAUGGGCACCUCAGGGACCCAUCCAAGUGGGGCAUCAGCAUCCUUGCCGACGGCAACAAAUCAGAUGAUAACAAAUCCACGGUUGAGCCUGGGGACGACGGUAAAUCUAUCAAGCGCAGGAAGCCAGGCAAACUUGACAUCGAGUCAGAGUUCAAAUUCUGGCAGGACAUCGCUUCAGGGGGGUGGGAUGUGCCAACGGAUUCGAAAAAGAGUGCUCGUGCGAGGAAGACCCAUCGUUAA